UCCCUGUCCCAUUCCCUGUCCCUGCCCGUGUCCCUGUGCCAUUCCCCAUCCCGCCCCACUCCCGGCUGACGGUGCCGUGUCCGUGUCCAGGAUGGAGCGGAUGACAGAGGACACACUGCGGCUGAACCUGCUCAAGCGGGGCCUGGAGACAGGGCCGGAGGAGCGUGAGGACGUCCUGGCCAAGCGGCUGAAGAUGGAGGGCCACGAGGCCAUGGAGCGGCUCAAGAUGCUCGCCCUGCUCAAGAGGAAGGACCUGGCGGGGCUGGAGGUGCCCCACGAGCUCCCGGGAAAGCCCGACGGGAUCAAGGGCUAUGAGGAGAAGCUCAACGGGAGCCUGAGGCCCCACGGGGACGGGAGGGGCUCGGCCCGGCCCGGCAAGGAGAACAUCAACGACGAGCCCGUGGACAUGAGCGCCAGGAGGAGUGACCCGGAGCGGGGCCGCCUGACGCCAUCCCCAGACAUCAUUGUGCUGUCGGACAACGAGGCCUCCAGCCCCCGCUCCAGCUCCCGCAUGGAGGAGCGGCUCAAGGCCGCCAACCUGGAGAUGUUCAAGGGGAAGAGUCUGGAGGAGCGGCAGCAGCUGAUCAAGCAGCUCCGGGACGAGCUGCGGCUGGAGGAGGCCCGGCUGGUGCUCCUGAAGAAGCUGCGGCAGAGCCAACUCCAGAAGGAGAACGUGGUCCAGAAGACCCCCGUUGUCCAGAAUGCCGCCUCCAUCGUGCAGCCAUCGCCAGCCCAUGUGGGGCAGCAGGGCCUGUCCAAGAUCCCAGCCCGGCCCGGAGCCCAGGGUGUGGAGCCGCAGAACUUACGGACACUGCAGGGGCACUCAGUGAUCCGCUCGGCCGCCAGCUCGGCACUGCCCCACAUGUUGAUGUCCCAGCGCGUCAUCGCCCCCAACCCAGCGCAGCUCCAGGGGCAGCGGCUGCCGCAGAAACCCGGCCUGGUGCGGAGCAACACCCCCAGCAUGACCCCCACCAUCAACUACCAGCCGCAGUCCGGCUCGUCGGUGCCAUGCCAGCGCUCCUCGUCCUCCGCCAUCUACAUGAACCUCGCGUCCCACCUCCCGUCGGGCUCCGUGGCCCGUGUGUCGUCGCCGCUGCCGAGCCCCAGCGCUCUGUCCGACGCCGCCAAUUCCCAGGCGGCCGCCAAGCUCGCGCUCCGGAAGCAGCUGGAAAAGACGCUCCUGGAGAUCCCGCCACCCAAGCCGCCGGCGCCACUGCUGCACUUCCUGCCCAGCGCCGCCAACUCCGAGUUCAUCUACAUGGUGGGGCUGGAGGAGGUGGUGCAGAGCGUCAUCGACAGCCAGGGGAAGAGCUGCCCGGUGUCCCUGCGUGUGGAGCCCUUCGUGUGCGGGCAGUGCCGCACGGAUUUCACGCCGCACUGGAAGCAGGAGAAGGGCGGGCGCAUCCUGUGCGAGCAGUGCCAGACCUCCAACCAGAAGAAGGCCCUGAAGGCUGAGCACACGAACCGCCUCAAGAACGCCUUCGUCAAGGCCCUGCAGCAGGAGCAGGUCAGGCCCGGGAUGUGCCGGAGCCGGGGGAAAACAGGGAUCUGCGGGAUCCCCAUCCACGCUGGGUAG